GUGUAUGCUUGUUCUCACCAGAGAAGAAACUGGCCACCUCCUCCUGGGUGCAAGACCAUGGAAGCCCUCUGAUCCUGACCACAUAACCCUCUUCGCUAGAAGACAUCCUCACUGACACGCUGGAACUACAACAGAAACACGUUACUGGACUUUACUCUUACUUAAACUCUUUGUAAGGAAGCAAGCAAACAUUAAUAGUCGUCACUUAUUGAGUCAUCUCCAGUACCAAAAGCACAAGUUCAGUUGCAAUCAAGUUAGCAUCCCAAUAUUAAUUAUAUAGUGGCCUCUGUCAAAAAGUAACUUUAAAAUGACUACGAACUUAAAAAAAAAGUUAAGAACUGUUUUACUAGCGUAUAGUCUCUGCUGAUACUUAUUAACAGCAACACGAACAAGUUCCUAUGGAAACCUUAGCAAUAACAAUCCUCAAGAGAAAAUAACUCGCAAACUCUACAGCAGUUAUUUCACUAUACGGUUGACGUUGUAAAGAAAUCCUUCCUAAUAACCCAAGCGAUACGUCACUUUAACAAUUGAUGAUUCUUCUUUGAUUAACACACGAAAUAAACAAAGACAGCCAGCCUGGCCGAGGCUAGCAUGGCAUGCUAACGUUCUUCUGCCUGGCUCACGUUAGCUUGAUAGCAUUAGCAGUUAGCUUUGGCUAACUCGUCUGCGGUCAAAUGUACAACGCGAGCUAGCUACGUUUACUCGCAAUAAUGCCUCGUCACUCUAUACCAUAAUGCGUGACUAUAUAUAAAUAUAAACACUGGGCCACUAAGUAGUUUAAAAUGGACGUAAUUGUCUCACGUUCACCUCUUCUCCCCCGGUGUCUCCAGUCUCGUACAGUCUGGCGCUUCAGGUGACACGGCCUGUAAUCCCGCCCACUACUCUCGCGAGAUGUAGACGUAAAGCAAGUAAUAAUGGCGUGUCUGAUAAGUAGGGCUACUUCAAAUUUUGGUAUCAAUCCGAUACAAAGUAAAUACAGGACCACCAUUAUAUACUGUUUAUUUCCUAUUUUUGUUCGAGAUCCUUCAGUGAUUUUGCCUUUAAUUUAUUAUGUUUACAACCAGAAUGAAACACAGGACAAAUAUUUUAGACAAACUUAUUUGUGAACUAUAUAAACACAAUAUAAGACAAUGUAAUAACAUUAACAUAACAAUACAAUUAUUUCCUCAUUCACAUGUAUUACAUACAAUUAUUUAAGCAAAAAUGAAGUCAAUAGUGUAAAAGAAGUCAACAAAAGCCAAAACUAACGAUGGUUCUCAUUCAAAUCUUUUGGCUUUGGCCUCCAAGGCCCUUCUGUCCAUACAUGUCAACAUUUUCAUUCUAAAAUAAGGGAAACGUUCUGAGGAGGAAAUGAGGAAAAAUAAGGGAAAUUCUGAUUACCCACAAAAAUGUCCACCCCCGAUGCAUGAAAAAAAAGAUGUGUAUUUUCCUGACCUGAAAAGUGCAAAUUAUAUCAUUAAUAAGCAGCAUGUUAUCCGAAUGUAUAUCAUAAGGCAUUGUCUAUAAGUAAUGUCUUCUUAUUAAUAUUAUUAUUAUAAUGUGUCUGCUAAAACCUCAAAUUGAACAUUUAAGGAAAAUAAGCUUCAUGCAAACUAUUAAUAGCAGCGAUGCGCCAUGUGGUAACCCUGACUACGGCUAAACUAGUGAAACCAAACAACCUGGGUCAAAGUCCAAAAAGCAACUCGAAAGAAGCUUACGGAGUUCCAUUUGAAGCCAGUUGACCCCAUUUACCAUGGAGAUUCCAGUCUUUAUAGUUGAUGCCUUCACCAAUUUGCCAUUCAAGGGGAACCCGGCUGCUGUUUGCCUUUUAAAACGUUUGACAUCCCUGUGCUUUGUACCAGGAGCUGAGUGAUGAAUUGUAUCAGAAGAUAGCGGCUGAGAUGAACUUGUCAGAAACUGUCUUCAUCACUACAAUCAAUUCUGAGGAUUUCACACAAGGGUCGCGGUUCCGCCUUCGUUGGUUCACACCCACCACUGAGGUCAAUCUGUGUGGCCAUGCUACCUUGGCCUCUGCUGCUGUGCUCUUCCAACAUAAAAAAAAUGUGAAUUCUGCUGUGGUGUUCGAGACCAAGAGUGGAGAUCUGUCUGUUCUCCAGCAGGGGGAGGACUUGGUGAUGGAUUUUCCUCUCAAUCCACCCACGAAGCAGGAUCCAGAUCAUUUUAGACACCUGAUCAAGGUUGCAGUAGGAGACCACCCAGUCAAGGAUGUUUAUCUGAGUUCUACCACUAAGAAACUGCUACUUCGACUGGCUGAUACUUGUGACAGGUCAGUGCUCACCAGUCUAACAGUCAACCCUGCAGCCCUUCAAAGCAGCGACACCAGCGGGAGAGUCAAAGGGCUCAUAGUCACCAUGAAAGGAUCUCCAGACUGUCAGCCGGGGUACGACUUCUACUCCAGAUAUUUUUCCCCAUGGAACGGAAUCCCAGAGGAUCCUGUUUGCGGAUCUGCACACACUGUUCUAGGUAGCUACUGGUCUAAGGAACUAGGAAAGAAGAAAAUGCUAGCGUUCCAGUGCUCCAGUCGAGGUGGAGAGCUGGACCUGGAGGUGAGAGAUGACGGAAGGCUCAACAUAGCGGGAAAGAGCUUCACUGUGCUGCAGGGAACGAUCACACUGUAGUCACCACUGAAAUAAUCGCACAGAGGUGUGAGAGAAGUUCACAUAUUCAUCCCAAGUUUUAUUAGUAAGGAAGGUCACACAUAUAAAAAUAAAAAUGCAAGACAUAAAAUGACAAAACAAGAAAAAGUAAAAAUCACAAGUUUAUAAAUACAUUGGUAGAAUCACAUUUAAUCCAAAGAAUCAAAGUCAGCUUAGUUUCUCACCAUUAGAUUGGAUGUUUUGCCUAACUGUGACUUCUUAUUGCCCUACCCGUUUACUGGCAUCAUAAUAUCCAAGACUCAGAUUGAAUAUUGUCACAACAGGAGGCUGUUAACUUGCAGUGUUUGACAUUAAUCUUCAAUUAAAUCAUAUGAUAUACUGUAUAUCCUA